GAUUACGUCACCAGCGAGCGCAUCGACUACACACGAGGGGAAGGGGAGCAAUAAUUUCUUCUGAGAACUGUGGUCUCAAAAUAUAAACCAUGGGGAAGCAGAAAACAAGGAAGUUUGCAGCGAUGAAGAGGAUGAUCAGUCUGAAAGACAACAGAAUAAAAGAGAAAGACCGGGCUAAAGCCAAAGAGAAAAAGAAGAAAGAUCCCUCACAGCUGAAGGAACGAGAGGUGGCAAAGUACCCCUCAUGCCUGUUCUUCCAGUACAACACUCAGCUCGGUCCACCAUACCACAUUCUAGUCGACACCAAUUUCAUCAACUUCUCCAUCAAGGCCAAACUGGACAUUGUUCAGUCUAUGAUGGACUGUUUGUAUGCCAAAUGCAUCCCGUGUAUCACAGACUGUGUCAUGGCUGAGAUUGAAAAACUUGGAAUGAAGUACAGAGUCGCACUCAGGAUAGCCAAGGAUCCGAGGUUUGAGCGUCUGCCCUGCACACACAAGGGAACAUAUGCCGAUGACUGUUUGGUCCAAAGAGUAACACAGCACAAGUGUUACAUCCUGGCCACUGUGGACAGAGAUCUAAAAAGGAGAAUCAGGAAGAUCCCCGGGGUGCCCAUCAUGUACAUCUCAAACCACAGGUACAAUAUUGAACGGAUGCCUGAUGACUACGGUGCUCCAAGGUUUUAAUUUCUACACAUGAGCGAGACCUGUAAAUAUACAAAGUUUUUCUGUUUGAUAUUUUCCUUUGAUGUAUUUCCAAAAAUAUUGGAAGCUUUGUUGUUCUUAUAAAACAUUCUUACAAGAAUAAAUGAUUUGUUGCAAUGCU